CAAGCUAGUCGCUGCAGCAUGCUACCGGCGAGAAACGUCAGAGCGGCGUUAAACUAGCAUGAGCACCGCCGAUACCAAAACAUCACACAGCUUAGCGUGCUAAUAGAACACUACUAAUUUAUUGGGUUUGUUUGUUUUUAAUCUUAUUUUUAACAAGUUAGAGUCCCGAGUAAUGCAACCUUGAAGAUAGAGGUCUUCUGUCUGAAGGGAGAAGGGUGACGAAAAAGGCACGAUGGAGUCGUCGGACGGCCUGUUGCUGCAGGUCAACAACGGCGAGCAGUGGUGCAACCGGUGGAAGCGGCCCAAUGAUGACUCUGACCGAAGCACCAGUCCGUCAGUGCUGCGCUGUGUGGCCAGCACGUGGAAGGAGGGGCUGCUCAACAGGAAGAGGCCCUUUGUGGGCCGCUGUUGUCACUCAUGCACGCCGCAGAGCUGGGAGAAGCUGUUUAAUCCCAGUAUUCCAUCGCUGGGACUGCGUAACGUCAUCUACAUAAAUGAGACGCACACCAGGCAACGCGGCUGGCUAGCACGCCAGUUGAGCUACGCGCUCUUUGUCAUGGAACGGGACGUCCACAAGGACAUGUUCCCCAGGAACGUGGUGGAGAACGUGCUCAACAACGACAGAGUGACGAGCGCCAUCUUCUGCGUGGCCUCGGACAUGGACGCUAGCCAGCCUGGUUCUGAGCACAAAACCGUCAGGAAGGUCAAGCAGAAGACGAGGACUUUCCUCCAGAAGAUGGUGGCCAAUGUUUCCCCGACCUUCAUCAGGCUCACGGGCUGGGUUCUCUUGAGGCUCUUCAACGGUUUCUUCUGGAGCAUUCAGAUCCACAAGGGCCAGAUGGAGAUGGUGAAGAAAGCAGCCGCCGAGCAGAACGUGCCCAUGGUCUUCCUCCCCGUACACAAGUCCCACAUCGACUACCUGCUCAUCACGCUCAUCCUGUUCUGUCACAACAUCAAAGCGCCGCACAUCGCUGCCGGAAACAACCUCAGCAUCCCCAUUCUCAGCACUCUGAUCCGUAAACUGGGAGGAUUCUUCAUAAGACGGAAAAUGGAGGAGUCCGGCGACGGGAAGAAAGACAUUUUGUACAGAUCACUCUUACAUGCCUACACAGAGGAGCUGUUACGUCAGCAGCAGUUCUUGGAGGUCUACCUGGAAGGCACGCGCUCCCGCAGCGGCAAGCCGUCGCCCGCACGUGCAGGAAUGCUGUCCAUUGUGGUCGACGCUCUGCACACGGGCUCCAUCGACGACGUGUUGGUGGUACCGGUCGGCAUCUCGUACGACCGCAUCAUCGAAGGCAACUACAACAGCGAGCAGCUGGGCAAGCCCAAGAAGAACGAGAGCCUGUGGGGGAUAGCGUGCGGCGUCUUCCGGAUGCUGAGGAAGAACUACGGAUGCGUCCGAGUUGACUUCAACCAGCCCUUUUCGUUAAAGGAAUAUCUGGACAGCCAGAGAAACCGCCAUAUUCCGUUACCCAUUUCCCUGGAGCACGCCUUGAUGCCCACCAUUAUAGAAGUGCAGCCCGAUGCUCAGCUGUUUGAUCGCCAGGAAGAGGAGGAAGCCCAACAGGAUCGAGAGCUUCCCGAAGACGUCUGCAGACGACAGCUCAUCAACAACCUGGCCAAGCACGUGCUUUUCACGGCUAACAAGUCAUCCGCCAUCAUGUCCACCCACAUUGUGGCCUGUUUGCUGCUUUACAGACACAGACAGGGCGUGGUGCUGUCCAAGCUGGUUGAGGAUUUCUUCAACAUGAAGGAGGAGGUACUGUCGCGUGACUUCGACCUGGGCUUCUCGGGCAAUUCCGAGGACGUCGUAAUGCGCGCCCUGCACCUGCUGGAGAACUGCAUCGCCGUCACCAGCAGCGCCAACCGCAACGGCGAGUUCACCAUCGCGCCCAGCUCAACGGUGCCGGCGCUCUUUGAGCUCAACUUCUACAGCAACGGCCUCUUUCACGUCUUCAUUCCCGACGCCAUCAUCGCCUGCAGCGUGCUGUCGCUGCAGCGAGAGCAAGCAAUGGAAUCCUCGGAAUCGGGAAAGCAGUCGCAGUCGUGCGUCAGUGCCGGCUUCCCCAUCAGUCAAGAGAAGCUUAUUCGCAAAGCCGCCGGGCUCUCACACUUCCUGGUCAACGAGGUGGCCGUGGCCUCUCCCUGUCAGACUAUUUACCAGGUUUUCCACGACGCAGUGACCCGCCUCAUCCAAUAUGGAGUCCUCUAUGUAGCCGAGGAGGACCAGGAGGAACUGAGUCCCAGUCCUACAGAAGAGCCUUGGCCCAAAAAGUUCCCUGAACCCCUCUCCUGGAGAAGCGACGAGGAGGAUGAAGACAGUGACUUCGGAGAGGAGCAGCGGGAUCGCUACCUAAAGGUCAGCCUCUCGGAAGAACACCAGGAGUUCUUCGUGUUCCUCCAGCGGCUCCUCAGCUCCGUGUUGGAAGCCUACAGCGGCGCCGCCAUCUUUGUGCACAGCCUGAGUCAGCCCAUGGCCGAGUCUGAAUACACGCAACGGCUCUUCAGAUAUCUACUGACCCGCACCGAGAGGAGAGUGGCUGCUUACGGUGAAAGUGCGACUCAUUACCUUGUGAAGAACACUGUGAGGACAUUCAAAGAACUUGGGGUCCUCAAGGAGAGGCGAGAGAACCGUGUGUCGACGGUGGAGCUGAGCGCCACUUUUCUACCUCAGGCCAACCGCAACAAACUCCUGCACUACAUUUUAGGCUUCACCCUCCUGUGACCCCAACGAAAAAGGCCUCCUUCAGGCUCCGUCUGUUAAAAGGGCUUCCACUGGCGACUGAUCCCAGGUGCUAUAAAUAACACUGCGGACUGAUUUACCGGGAAGUGCCUUUUGCUUCAAAAUAAUAAUAAUAACACUUAACGGUUUUCCCUACUUUUGGUUCCCCCCUCCCUCUGUAACUUUUUAAUCUAUUCUAUAUAUAUACGCCUGCGAUUAAGAAUCAGUUUGAAUCCGAAACUACGCAAGCUGCCUUUCAUGUACACAAGUGAGCAAAUCAUAAACACUUAAACACAAUAAUCAGCAUCUACAUUUAUAAUGUAGUUCUAGUACACUUAGUUUCAUGUGCAUCUUAAGUGUACUCACUUUAAACUUAGACAGACAUUUGCAACCAUAACUGUCAUUGAAAGUUUAAAAAUAAUAAUAAUAAUAAUAAUAAUAACGAUGAGCCUUCUGGAUCACUUUGGUUCAAAUGAAGUGUCUUAGUGCGAGAUGUGGCAUUUAAGGUAUGAUUCCAGUUUAUGACUGUGGGGUAAAAAGCCUUUAGUUUCCUUCUUUUUGGAGUUGUUUACUCUUAAUUAGUUUUAUAGGAACUGUAAAAACCACUAAUUGUUUACUGUUUUUUUUUUCUUUUCCCCUCAAGACACACUGACUCUUAAAAUCUGAUUUUUUUUUUUUAGACAAACAAUAAUAGAAUUAUAUAAAAGGUCAAAGUACGUCAGUAGUGGAAGAGACACGCUAUGUAAUUCAAAGGCAAUGAAAUGCUUCUCGUCAAGCAGAAUGUUUAUUUAAAUCUUUAGAACCGCAUGUGUUGGUGCAGAACUUCUUAAUCUGUGAAUGGUGGGAAAUGUAGAUAUAUAACGGCAUAAAAAAAAAAAUGAAUACAAGUACAGCUAAGGGGUGACAUUACCUUUUGUCAAGGUAAUGCCACUUUUAUGUGUGCUGUACUGCAUGUUUGCUCUUAACACUUUACUGUAGUAGGACAGGGGUGUCCAUAGUUGGACUCAAAGGACAUUUGAGGCCCUCUGUGUGUGUUUCAUCUAAAAUUUGGACCACACAAAAUAGAAAAAGUGCUUUUUUUUUCACCUUCUAACAAAUUCUCACAGUAUCUUUACUGUACCUUUAUUACCAAAAUAUGUCCUUCAGCUUUGGACACCCCUGCCGUAGUCGUUACUUCAUCUCUUGAAUUGUAUUUUACAGUCCAAAUGUGAAUUGUGAUGCUGAGGAGGAACCCGCUGAAUGUAUCUGCCCCCCCCUUUGGAAAAAGGCUGUGAUUGUACCGAUUUGAUACUCGUACGUGUGGACAAAAGUAUUAGCGCUCGGAGCCCAUUGAAGGUGAAGUGUUAGGCAAAAAAGGGGUCUCUAUUGAUGAUUUAGUCAAUAAGUGUGUCUAAAUACUGUCCCAUUAAACUACCUGAGUAAAGAGCGACUAAAACAUACCUUAGUAAUUAGGGUUUCAAAACACCUGUAUAAUGGGAGCAGGUAUCUUUUUUAAUGCACUGUCUUGUAGGUUGUUUUUUUGUGUGUGUGUGUGUGCAUGUUAACAAUUCCGUGUGUUUGAAUCAUAAAUGGAAAAAAAACACAUUGUAAUGUAAAACAUAGACCAGAUAACAUGAGAAAAAUCACCAGCCACUAAAA